AUGGCUCGGGACAAGAAGAAGCCGCCCAGCGCAGAUCCCCAAGAGACGUAUUCCUCUGGCCGCGUCAACCGAGAGACCCGAGAUAUCCCUGACGUGCGACUGCUACACUACAACGAUGUCUACCAUGUCGACGCAGCGAGUGCGGAACCGGUUGGAGGGCUCGCACGCUUUAUGACGUUGUGCAAGGAAUAUCAAGAGGGGAAGCACUUUGAGAACCAACCCAAGAUCUUGACCUUGUUCUCGGGCGAUGCUUUUAACCCUAGCUUGGAGAGUAGCGUGACCAAGGGGCGCCACAUGGUUCCUGUUCUGAAUGCCAUUGGAACUGACUGCGCAUGUGUUGGUAAUCACGACUUUGACUUUGGCGUCAAGCAAUUUGAACACCUAGUAGGAAAAUGCACAUUCCCUUGGCUCAUUGCCAACGUCCUGGACCCAGCUCUCGGCGAGGACGUACCCAUUGGCAACGCCAAAAGAACGCACAUGCUCACCACAUCCAACGGUGUAAAAGUCGGCCUCAUUGGCUUGGGCGAGCGAGAGUGGUUGGCAACGAUUAACAGCCUGCCGCCUAAUCUCGUUUACAAGUCUGCGUCCGCGACAGCAAAGGAACUGGUUCCUGAGUUGCGAGACCAAGGUGCUGAAAUUGUCAUUUGUUUGAGCCACAUGCGGGAACCAAAUGACAACAAGCUUGCGGAGCAAACCGAUGGCCUCAUUGAUAUUAUACUCGGUGGUCAUGAUCAUUACUACAGCCACAGCUUCAUCAAAGGCACCCAUGUGCUGCGGUCGGGUACGGAUUUCAAGCAACUUAGCUACAUUGAAGCCCGGAGGAAAACGGAUGGAUCAAAGCGGUGGGAUUUUGAUAUCUGGAGGCGGGACAUCACCUCGGAGGUUCCGGAGCAUGAGGAGACGGCCAAACUGGUGGGCGAGUUGACGUCCAAGUUGCAAAAGUCACUUUCGAGACCGAUCGGGUGGACGGCCAUGCCGCUGGACGCUCGCUUCAGCACUGUUCGAAUCAAGGAAUCUAAUUUGGGCAAUUUUGUGUGCGACGUCAUGCGCCGAUACCACAACGCGGAUUGUACAAUCAUGGCAUCGGGCACUAUCCGUGGAGACCAGGUGUAUCCCCCAGGCGUAGUGCGCAUCAAGGAUAUCACGACAUGCUUCCCGUUCGAGGACCCGGUUGUGUGUCUACGGGUCAAGGGCCAGGCCAUUUGGGAUGCAUUAGAGAAUGGAGUGUCGACAUACCCGGCGUUGGAGGGUCGGUUUCCCCAGGUGUCAAAUAUUGUGUUCGAAUUCGAUCCCAGCAGGGAGCCUGGGAAGAGAUUGAAUUUUAUGCAAAUAGGCGGCCGGCCUUACAACCCAGAAGAUGAAUACGUCCUAGUCACGAGGGGAUACAUGGGCAGAGGAAAAGAUGGCUACACUAGCCUUCUCGUCUCCUCCGAAGGCGGUAGUGCCCACGAAAUCGUCGACGAAGAAAACGGCGUCCUCAUAUCCGCCAUACUCCGGCAAUACUUCAUGGCUCUCCGGACCAUUGGGCAAUGGAAACGCAUUUCAGACCACUGGGUCGAUGUAGCAGAGCAAGCCAACGUGCCCUUAUCUCCCUCACACGCACGCGACUCGGAAAAGAUGCUGGGUCUUCACAAGCCACCCAAGACAGAUGACGAAGCAGCAGGUGCAACGUGGAAGGGUUUUCUCCGACGAAGAGUCGGUCUGCACAAAGAGCCAUUGAACGAUGACGAUGACGACCAUUUCGAUCCCCGCGCAAACCACAAGGACAGCAGUGAGCAUGGUGGGGAUGAGGAUCUAGACAUGGAUUUGGAGAUUUUGUUGCUGAGAAAGUUCUGGGCGAGGUGGACAAAGAAGGCGGGCGUCAAGUGCAAGGUUUGUGAGCCCCUGAAAGACGGGGACUGCGCCGUCGACUGGACAAGAGUUAUUGCGCCGGUUUUGGAGGGACGCAUCAGGAUGGUUGGAGGCGAUUUAUAG